AUGUGGAGGUACUGCUUGGUACUAACGGUACUUCUGCUACUUCCUUUAGAAAUUGGAUCCAAAUUAGAAGAUGAUGAACAGGAAGAUGGAAGAGCAGAGGAAGAAGAUAAUGAAGAGGAAAAUGACGAUGAAGAAGAUGAAGAAGAAAAUGCACCAAGUAAAGUUGAGAGCAUAGGCCGAAGAGCACUACUCAUGCAGACGACGCUGGACCCUCCAGUUACUCGUACAAGAACCACUAAGAAGAGACUACUUGAAUGUUAUGUGUGUGCUCAUAAGCCUGAUUCAAUGCUAAGAGCUUGCUUGGACCCUACAAAAUAUAGAGUUCAUACAAUGACAUGUCACAGUGUAGAUGAUAAAUGCUUUACGUCGGUGAUCUCGAAAGGCAGUUUAUUAGAGGCGGUGGUGCGAGGAUGCCGAUCUGGUUGCAUCGGCUCACCGGAUAUCACGUGUUGUGAUUUAAAUCGGUGCAAUAACCAAGCGUUUACAAUGCCCAGCAUGGUUGAACCUCGGGCCCUUAUGCAAUCAAGCAAAGCAAUCAGGACAUUCCCCUCAUCGGUUCUUUUCUUCGUCACCAUCUUAUUGGUUCUACAGACCGUCGUUAAAGUUACUUUUGUA